GAAUGCUAGCCAGGUGUCAUCUCUACAUGCCCAGCUUGGGCAUCCAAAGAAGUUGGAGGAUUUUCUCCUGGCCUGAAGAUGUUCAGCGGCUUGGCUACUGCAAAGUUCAUGCCGUUUCCCGGGAGUUGUACCCUUCUCCUCUGGAAGGGAAAGCCGCCAGGCCAUUUCGCGAAUUGCCAGGCAACUGGAAAUCCAACUGGUUCAACCUGUAUCUCUUCUGGAAGGAAGGGGGCUUCCAUAAUCUCCAUAACAUCAUGAUCCACAAAUUUCAGACCUUUGGGCCUAUUUACCGGGAGAAACUGGGCAACUAUGAAAGCGUCAACAUCAUUGAUCCAGAAGAUGCCGCGACUGUUUUUAAGGCUGAAGGACUGUACCCAGAGAGAUUCAUGGUGCCUCCUUGGACAGCCUAUCGCGACUUCCGUAACAAGCCAUAUGGAGUUCUUCUCAAGAAUGGAGAAGGUUGGCGCCAGGACCGCCUGGCUCUGAACAAGGAAGCUCUGUCUCUCAAAGUGAUCGACAACUUUGUGCCUCUCCUGAACACGGUGGGAGAAGAUUUUGUCAAGAAGGUCCACGUACAGAUCGGACGGAGCCCACAGGGAAAAUGGACAGCCGACCUUACCAACGAACUCUUCCGUUUUGCCUUGGAGUCUGUGUGCAGUGUCCUUUAUGGCACACGCCUGGGGCUUCUGCAGGAUUUCAUUGACCCGGAGAACCAAAGUUUUAUUGAUGCCAUCACGCUGAUGUUCCAUAGCACCUCUCCGAUGCUGUACAUCCCACCCACUUUUCUACGCUGGAUCAACUCCAGCACUUGGCAGGAUCAUGUGAAAGCCUGGGACACCAUCUUCGCACAUGCCGACAAAUGCAUACAGAACAUCUACAGAGACCUCCGUCUGAACCGGAAAAAUGCCAAAGAAUACACGGGUGUUUUGUCCAGCCUUUUAAUGCAGGACAAGUUAGCCGUCGAAGAUAUCAAAGCCAGCAUAACAGAGAUGAUGGCAGGAGGGGUGGAUACGACCUCUAUAACUCUUCAGUGGGCCAUGUAUGAAUUGGCUCGAGCUCCAGCCCUCCAGGAACAACUGCGGUCUGAGAUCUUUGCAGCCAAAGCAUCUUCCCAGGGAGAUAUCCUGAAGGUUCUGAAAUCUGUCCCAUUGGUCAAAGCUGCUGUCAAAGAAGUACUAAGACUUCACCCGGUUGCAGUGACGAUACAAAGAUACACAACUCAAGAGAUUAUCCUUCAGAAUUAUUUUAUUCCUGCCAAGACAUUAGUCCAGGUUGGCAUCCAUGCAAUGGGUCAGGAUGCCAGGUUUUUCAACAAACCCGAGCAAUUCAAUCCUGCAAGGUGGCUGAAUCAUGACUCCAAACAUUUCCGAGGGCUCAGCUUUGGCUUUGGGCCACGUCAGUGCCUUGGGCGCAGGAUUGCGGAGUUGGAGAUGCAACUGUUCUUGAUCCAUAUGCUGGAUAACUUCAAGAUUGAAACUAAGAGGGGAAUGGAAGUUGGUACCAAAUUUGAUCUCAUCCUGAUCCCAGACAAGCCAAUCUACUUGACGCUACGGCCUCUGGACUCCCAUCCAUGAACAGUGAAACCAUGCAGAAUCUCUCCAAAACAUUCAGAGAAAGGAUGGGAAUAGACAUAGCCAGACUGUAUGCAUCACAGUCUUUAAAUAGCCCUAGGGUUCUGGUGCCAGCUUGUUUUUGAAUAUGACGCCUGAGGGCCAUCUAGUUCAACCCAUUGUGAAUACAGGAAUCCAUUGCUAAGGCACUCCUGAAAGUCAAACCUCUGUUUAAAAAUCACCGAUGGAGGAGAGACCAGCACCUUCUGAAGUACUUGAUAAUCUUGGCACAGCAAUGUUGUGCAGCCUCAAUUCUUCACUACUUUGGUCAUAAUGGUGUAUAAAUUUUACUGACGUAUAAAUGUGAUUGAACUUAUACUUACUGAAAUGAAAGUAUAAAUGUUACCGAAACUCUGGCUGCAUCUGCACUGCAGAAUUAAUGCAGUUUGACACUGCUUUAACUGCUGUGGCUCCAACCUAGGGAAUACUGGGAUCGGCAGUUUUGUGAGACAUUUAGCCUCCUCUGUCAGAGAGCU